AUGAAAUUAAGUAUUGCAAUUCUAAGUGCUGCAGCGUCAGCAGCAACUGCACUGCACCUUCCAGUCUCCAUUUUCUCAGAGGAGGCCGCUCUCCAGCGCCAGUUCGUCGACACCUCCAAGGGCUGGCUCAACGAGUUCUUGGGCAAUAACGGUGAAACUAUCGACAAUUUGGCUGGGUCUAGUGAAGUCACUGAUAACGCAUGGGAUAUCCUCAAGGGCGACCCUAAGAAAUUCAGCAAGUUCACAACCAUCUUAGAGAAGUUCUCUCCAACUGCAAUCGACCACAUUAAGGACGAAAAGGAUUUCACCCUCUUUGUUCCAACCAAUGACGCCAUUCCAGACCACAAGCACAAGCACAAGCACAACGACGACGACAAAAAUGCCUACUUAAACGCAGAUAUCUGGGAGGACCCAGUACCUAGCGUCUUGGGCAAGCUCUACGCCAUGGCUGAUAAGGUCGAUAUGACGCAAGAAGACGACGAGUGCAAGAGACGUCUCAAGAAAUUUAUCGAGGCUGUUGUUAUGUACCACACAGUAGCUCAGAAGCUAGAUAUCAACACUCUGCACGACUUUAGCACUAUCGAAACCAUCCUCAAAGAGCCAAAUACGUUCAACGGGGCAGGUCAAAGACUACGGGUUGAGCAGCAGUAUGUGCCACCAGCCACAGUCAUCAAUCACUAUGCAAAGAUCUCGACACAGAACAUCCAGUCUGCAAAUGCUGUCAUCCACGCCCUUGACCACGUCCUCAUCCCUCCACCAUCUGCAAUCAACGCCUUGUUCAUUUUCGCUAGAGAGUUCUCCAUCUUCACAUCAGCACUCCAGAAGGUGGGUUUGGCAGAGGAGCUUGACCUGUCAUUGGACGGUAAGACGGGCAAUGGUCAGCUUACCAUCAACGCACCACUCAACAGCGCCUUUGAGAGACUUCCACCAAAAGUUCUAGGCUUCUUCUUUUCUCCAAUGGGUAGCAGAGCUCUGAGACAUCUCCUUGAAUACCACAUUGUCCCAAACAACGCCAUCUUUGUCGACUUCCAAUCGGGUGAGCAAGCCAAGUCAGUUAAGUCCGACAACGACGACCUCUUCCACAAGAAGAUCAAGGCUAGCACCAUGCUCGAAGACGGCGGUGAGGUCGAGUAUGAUCUCAUCAAGUCGCAGACUGUGCCAUACGGCCCUUACACAUUCGAUGUCAAGUUGCAAGGCAAGAGUGUCUCAUGGCACGAUGGCAUUUCGCGCAACGCUGCUUUCCAGGUACUCGAGGAGUUGCUUAUGCCACCAAAACACGACCACAAUGGCAUCAAUGAAGCAGAUGUUGACGAUGAGUGGGCGUGGAUUCAGAGUCUCUGA